CUUGAAGUUUAUCUGGAGGACAACAAAGGAAACAAGGUCAUACUAUGUGUGUAGCUUAAUAAACCAAAACAACGAUGAAGCCUUUAUCUCUCAUAAUCUUCUCACACCAUGUGCUGCUGUGUGUCUUCCUACUGUGGGCUGUCAGUGACUCCAGCGCAACAUCAACACCAAGUACAACAGUGACAAAAGAAACAAGAAUGGAAACCACAGUGAUCACUAGUACAGUAACAGACCCAACAACAAGACCACCACCUCCAAAUGCAGAAGGGUUCAAACCACUUACACAAAAUGAGACCAGUAUAACUCUGCAGUGGAAUAAAGUGAAUGAGAUCUACAACUAUACACUUGUGUUUGAUGGAGGGGAGAAAAAUGUCACUGCAUCAGAGGAACCUCAAGUGACAAUCUCAGAUCUCAAAAGUGGGACUGAAUACAAUUUCACUCUCUUCACUGUGUUUGUAAAUGUAAGAAGCAGAGGAGAAAGCAUCAUUGCAGUCACUGUUCCCUCAAUGGUGACUUUGGUCAAUGUGACUGAACGCUCUGUGACUCACAUAACCUUGCAGUGGAACGUGGAUGUGGAUAAAGACUGGAGCUACCUUCUCCAAAUCAAUGGUCAAGAUUUUAAGUUUCACACAAAGAUACACAACAAUGUUAUCUCACAACCAGUGACAUCCCUCCAGCCUGGAACUGAGUACCCAUUCACUGUGAUCACAAUGUUCUCUGAACUCAACAGCACUGCAUAUAAAGACUUCACAGUAACAGGCAUAAACUGUACCAUUGUCCAAUGGCAUGUUACUAACUCAUCGAUCCAAGGAAUGGUUGAAGGCUUGUUCACGAAUGCAACAGCCAUUAAUAAAUCACAACGUCACAUCAGCACUGGAGGUAGCAAUGUGUCAUUCACUGGCCUUUACCCCGGUGCAACCUAUGAGGUCUCUCUUGUGUAUGAAAGAAAUUCCAAAAUCUAUCCACAGUGUAGCCAUAGCCUGACAAUCAUUCCUCCAGAUUUAAGUGCGCACUGUAAAUAUUGGGCAGCUGGCUAUUCUGUCCUUGUUGCCUGGAAUGAAGCUCAUGGUCACUGGACUAAAGUGGAAGUGAAUGUGAGUGGACGACCAGAACCGUACAAAAUUGGUGCAGACAAACGACAAAUGACAAUUGAUGGAUUCCUACCUGCCAAAACAUACACAUUGUCUAUAGCUUCCCUGUCUGGUACUGUAAGGAGUCAACGGUUUUUGUUUUCAUGUCCCACUGAUCCAAGGGGAGUCAUCGGGGGGUCAGUAUUUGCUGUGCUGCUUUUUAUUGUCCUGGUCUGUCUGGCUGUCUUCAUUUUCCUUAAAAGACCAGAUAUUAUCAGCAGAAAAAAGCAGUUUAUUGGUGGUUCCAAAGUUCCUAAUAAAAAGGGCAAAGUCAUUUCUGUAGAAAAAUUCCCAGACCACUUCUCACAAUUAAGUGCGGAUGAGAACCGAGGUUUCAGCCAGGAAUAUGAGACCCUCAGUCCUGUUGGUACGGAGCAGACACGAAAGGAAGCUCUUCUACCUGAGAACAAAGCAAGGAAUCGUUUCACCAAUGUCCUACCAUAUGACUGGUGUCGGGUGAAGCUAACUACAUCAAAUCCCAACGUGACCUCCGACUACAUUAAUGCCAGUUACAUGCCAGGCUACAGCAGCAACAGAGAGUACAUUGCCACUCAGGGUCCUUUGCCCAACACUGUCAAUGAUUUCUGGACAAUGAUCUGGGAACAAAGAGUGAAAGGUAUCGUCAUGGUAACCAACUGCACUGAGGGAGGACGGACUAAGUGUGAACAAUACUGGCCUAGAGACAGUGAGUCUUGCCAUUAUGGAGAGCUGUUGGUCACCAUGAGAUCUGAGCAGCAGGAACCUAACUGGACACUGAGGGAAUUUAGUGUGAAACAUAGCAACAAAUCAGAGGAGCGCACGGUGAAACAUUUUCACUUCACUGCCUGGCCUGACCAUGGAGUCCCACAGGGCACAGAAAUCCUGAUCCAGUUCAGAGGACUGGUGAGACAGCACAUACAGAGAGAAGGGGCUGGAACACCGACUGUGGUUCACUGCAGUGCUGGAGUGGGGAGGACAGGCACUAUCAUUGCCCUGGAUGUGCUGCUUCAGCAGCUAGAGAAAGAAAGAGCAGUGAGCAUCAAUGCCUUUGUGCACAAGAUGAGACUGAGUCGACCACACAUGGUGCAGACAGAGUCACAGUACGUCUUCCUGCACCAAUGCAUCAUGGACUGUCUGCAGCCAAAUGACAAGACUGAAGAGAACAUAUAUGAGAAUGUAGACAUGAUAUAUGCCAAUGCCACUGCACUCCGAGAGUUUCACAAAAAUGCCUAAACCAAACAAUAUUGUGGGAAUAUUGCAGAUUAAUUAAUUAAAAACGAAUUCUAAAGUCUACAUGCUAUAUUUUGUGACCGUAAAUAUGACUGUAAAUAUGAAAACAUUGAAGUCUUAUAUAUUUACUGUAAAUGCAUAGCACAUUUAAGAUUUUAUUUAACUUAAUUUUUUGUCUUGCAUAUGUCUAAUGUGUUUUAUUAUUAUUAUUACAAC